GAAUCCAUCCGUGAUAGCGAGCGAUCACCCAAUUCUGUCUCAUCGCAAUCAUGGCUGUUGGAAAGAACAAGCGGUUGUCGAAGGGCAAGAAGGGCUUGAAGAAGAGGACCGUGGAUCCCUUCUCUCGCAAGGAUGAAUACUCCGUCAAGGCUCCUUCCACUUUCCAGAUCCGAGAUGUUGGAAAAACCCUCGUCAACCGAACCACUGGUUUGAAGAACGCCAACGACUCCUUGAAGGGCCGUAUCUUCGAGGUCUCGCUCGCCGAUCUGCAAAACGAUGAAGACCACGCUUUUCGCAAGGUCAAGCUCCGUGUCGACGAAGUCCAGGGCAAGAACUGCCUCACCAACUUCCACGGCUUGGACUUCACAUCCGACAAGCUCCGCUCCCUCGUGCGCAAGUGGCAAUCCUUGAUCGAGGCCAAUGUGACCGUCAAGACCACCGAUGACUACCUCCUCCGUCUUUUCGCCAUUGCUUUCACCAAGAGACGCCCCAACCAGAUCAAGAAGACCACAUAUGCUCGUUCUUCUCAGAUCCGUGCUAUCCGCAAGAAGAUGACUGAGAUCAUCCAGCGUGAAGCCGCCAGCUGCACCUUGUCCCAGCUCACAACCAAGCUCAUCCCCGAAGUUAUUGGACGGGAGAUUGAGAAGUCCACCCAGGGCAUCUACCCUCUCCAGAACGUUCACAUCCGCAAGGUCAAGCUCCUCAAGUCGCCCAAGUUCGACCUCGGUGCCCUUUUGAACUUGCACGGUGAAUCCACAACCGAUGACCAGGGCCACAAGGUGGAGCGGGAAUUCAAGGAAACCGUCUUGGAGAGUGUUUGAUUUAGUCUCACAUUUUCUAGCAUCAAAAUCAAACGUUUAUUCAAAAAAGGGAUUUUUUUUUCAUAAAAUACUUGUCCAAAAAUGUCAUGACGGUUCCCCCUCCGAAUUCUUUCUUCAUAUCUCUUGUUUUCUUUUGUUGCGUUUUUAAUGAAAACAAUACCUGGUAGUUUAGACAACGGUUUGAGUCAUUCCCAGAACGGAGCACAUAGGGUUUAUUGAGGUAUUCCAGUGUGGUCUAUGUCAGUUACUAGGUAUUCAUCUAUGAGUUCUACGAUUAC